AUGGGCCAAACGCGCACACAAAUGCGCGCGGCGACGCUUGACGUGGCGCAGCGUGUUUACUGGCGAGAAGCACGGCGGCGGCGCGGAAAGGGAAAGGGAGCGCGUGGCUCAUCUGAUUCCGCUAAUAGAACGAUCGGCGAGUUCGGGGAAAGUGAAACGGAUCGAGCGAUUCGGCGAAUACGUAG